AUGGCUAGCCACAGUACUCUGCCACCCGAUACUCUCAUCACAGCAAAGGUCACCAUUGGAAACCAGACACGUCGGUUCAAGCUCGCCCUGAGAGACCUUGGUGCGAAUGUUCUCCCCCAUAAGCUCCGCGAGUUAUUGGUGAUUCCGGAUGACCAGACGGUGGUCUUUGAAAGAUACUCGGAUAGCGCGGGAAGCUAUGUCAUUCUCGACCCGAAGAACCCGGCUGUCUACAAGCAGCUGUACAGAGCUGCCAAAGCUAAGCUAAAGCUGAGGUUCAAGGCUACAAUCAUCUACCAAGGUGCCGAGGAGAGUGUUGUUUCUGGAGGCAGCUCUUUUGUUACUACCGAGAUUCGCCCCUCGCCACCGGCUUACCGCUCAACCACUUCGCUUGUUUCGCCACCUGCUGUCGCCACACCAGAGCCGGCGACUCCGGCUUCUGUGGAGGUAUCUCCUGCCCAGCUUGAUAGAGCUGUGGCUGACGCUGUUUCGUCAUUCUUGAAUGGCGAGGAGUAUCUUGCAAAGUUGCGCGAGACGGUCCGCGAAGAGGUUGAGAAGCACGAGAAGGAGGCCCCAGUUCCGGCUCCGUUUUCUGCUCCCGAGCCGGCACCCUCUGUGGUUUCUCCCCCCUCUGUUGUUUCGGAGGUUCUUGAUAUCAAGUCCCCGGCUUUCACUUACGCCAUCUUCUGUGACUCAUGUGAGGGAAACAUCUAUGAUGUGCACUACCACUGUGGAAUAUGUGAUAAAGGAGACUAUGAUCUCUGCCAGGCUUGUGUCGGACGUGGAACUCACUGCAAGGACUCUUCUCACUGGUUGAUCAAGCGUACUUUGACCGGUGGAACCAUCGUGUCCAGCGUCACGGAGUCAAUCAAGGCAAAAGUCCCAGAACCUGCUGUCGAAGAGAAGGAAGAGGAGGAGCAUGAGCUUACACGCACGUGCAACUGCUGCAUUGUUGUUCUUCCUGAAAAGGAGUUUGUCAGCUGUGUUCAGUGCUCCGAUUACGACCUUUGCAUUAGUUGUCACGUUGCUGGCAAGCAUGGACACCAUCCUCGCCACGAGUUCGUUCCCGCCACACCCGAGACCAAGCUUAGUGCCUUUCAAACCAGUCUUCUUUCCCCUGGAAGAAACUUCUGCCACUUCGCGCGCUGUGAUGGCUGUGAUGGUAAAAUAUACGGCGUUAGACAUAAGUGCAUGAGCUGCCCCGACUGGGACUACUGCUCCAAGUGCAUCGUCACUGCGCCACUCAACCAUCAUGGGCAUCGCUUUGUCCCCAUUUAUGACCCACUUCCUACUAUGGAUGUGAACACCAGAAGAAACACAGCCAAGCACUACGGUGUCUACUGUGAUGGUCCUCUGUGUGCCGACAAACACCGUCGUAGUUGGAUCGAUGGUGACAGGUACAAGUGCGCUGUCUGCCCUGAUACCGACUUCUGUGCGUCGUGUGAGGCCUCGCCCAUCAACACCCAUAAUGCGACCCAUCCUCUUAUCAAGCUCAAGUCCCCUAUUCGCAACGUUCACGUCACAACCCUUGAGCCAGAUUCACAAAACUCUAGAGUUAUGGGCGAUGGUCAUUAUAACCCACCUGCAUCUACCUCCAACGCUGCCACUCAAGUGCAGACUGUUGUAGAUGUUAAGCCUACAGAAGAGUAUGUGCCUGCGCCAGAAAGCAGCGUUGGAGAGCCUGAACACAUCGAGCAUGUUGAGGAGGAGAAGGAGAAGCCAGAGGAACCCCUCCAGGCCAACUUCAUCUCUGAGGUCAUCCAGGACGGUGCUAUAAUGGUCGCUGGCUCAAAUUUCUCUCAGACUUGGCAGUUGGUAAACAGCGGCCCAACCUGCUGGCCUGCCGGUGUUCAGCCCCAGUUCACUGCUGGAGACUACAUGUUUGAGCCCGAGAGCAUUAACGCUACAAAGAUCGAGCAUGACGUCGCUUUUGGUGAGACUGUCAGCUUCACUGUUAACUUGAAGGCACCUCUCCACGCCAACCGCCGCCACAUUUCGUACUGGCGUUUGACUGCUCCUGACGGAACCCGAUUUGGAAGCAAAUUGUGGUGUGACAUCCAGGUUGUUGAGGCUCCAAAGAUUGAGGAGCCCAAGGUCGAGGAGCCUAAGCAGAUGAUUUUCCCUAGACUCCCCGUUGAGAGCCCCGUUGCAUCCGUUGAAGAUUUGAGUUCUGCAAGUUCUGCCAAGAUUGAAGUUGAUGCUGUUUCCGUUCCUGCUGUUUCCGUUACCUCUGGUGACACCAGGAGCCUGCCAGAAGACUCUGACGAUGGCCUCGACAUCAACUCCAUUGCUGAUGACCUCGACAGCUUUUUGACUGAUGAUGAGUAUGACGUGCUUGAUGCAAGCGACGAGGAGGCUUUCCAGGAGUGUGAAAGAGUCUUGUAA